AUGAAAGAGUUUGUCACCAGUGUGGUGUCCUGCUGUCCUGCAGAGCUAAAGCAUGAAGUCAAUGGGAAGAAGGAGACAUUAAAAGGCUUCAAUGUCACGUUCCAAGACACCAUCCUGUUCCCGGAGGGCGGCGGACAGCCAGAUGACCAUGGGUUCAUUGGAGACGUCCCCGUGUUGAGAGUGACCAGACAGGGCUCUGAUGCCAUCCACUUUGUGAGCUCGAGUGUGGAGCCCGGGCUAGAGCUGCUGCUCAGAGUGGACUGGGAUCGCAGGUUUGACCAUAUGCAGCAGCACUCAGGACAACACUUAAUCACAGCUUUGGCAGAUUCCAUGUUUGGAUUCAAGACCACAUCCUGGGAGUUGGGGCGCCAGAGAAGCACCAUAGAACUGGACACUCCGUGUGUGAAACCAGCCCAGCUCCAGGCUCUGGAGGAGGCGGUCAAUGAGAAGAUCCGAGCUCACGUCCCGGUCCAUGUGCAGCUCCUGUCCGUCGACGAUCCGGCCGUGGAGAAGGUGAGGAGCAGGGGGCUGCCAGAGGACCAUGCGGGGCCCAUCCGCAUCAUCGACAUGGAGGGAGUGGACGCUAACAUGUGCUGUGGGACGCAUGUGUCCAACCUGAGUCACCUGCAGGUGAUAAAACUACAGGGAACGGAGAAAGGAAAGAAAAACAAAACAAAUCUGAUAUUUCUGUGUGGUAACAGAGUUUUGAAGUAUGCUGAAAAAAGCUUCACGACAGAGCGUGCAUUGGUGUCUCUCUUAAAAACCGGACCUGAGGAACACGUCGAGGCCGUCGAUAAAAUACAGAAGUCUGUGAAGCUGCUUCAGAAGACAAACCUGGGCCUUCUUCGGGACAUGGCGGUGCUCAUCGCUCAAGACUUCAACAAAAGUUCAAACAGAAGCAACUUUUUCAGCUUUCAUAAGAAAGAGGGGGACAAUGAGUUUAUGAAUAUCAUCGCCAACGAAAUAAACACCGAGGAAACACUAGUUUUUCUGACAGUUGGAGAGGAGAAGGGACCGGGUCUGUUUUUACUGGCUGGACCCAGUGGACCAGUGGCUGAUUUAGGACCACGUGUUCUGGAGAUGCUGGAAGGGAAAGGAGCCGGGAAAAAGGGCCGUUUUCAGGGAAAAGCUCAGAGUCUGAGUCGAAGAGGAGACGUGGAGGCGUUCCUCCAGCAGCACUGUCAGUCACAAUAA